CAUUUCAUUUUUGCUCAAAUCAAAUAACUUGGUUGUUAACUACUUGUCUAUUAUUGGCUGGCUGAGGUAUGCAGGUGCGGUAAUCCAUCGCAAGAGCCAGCCCGUACAUCCGAUGUCCUAAUGUCCCGUUCCUACUUUUACCGUCCGGCUCCUACCUGCUAUUGCUGCUGCUGCUGCUGCUACUGCUACUGCUGCUGCUGCUGCUGCUGCUCCCAUCAGACCCUGCUCUGGAUGGUCUUUGGCAAACGGGCUUUGCUUUUGGGUGGUGUAUGGGUGUUGGUGUUGGUGGGAUCCGUACACCGGAUAACCCUAUACUAGUAUAUGAAUGAAUAUAUGAACAUAAAUCUAUAUAAAUCUAU